CACUUUGCAACCGGAAAAACCUGGCUUCAAUUUCCCAUGAAGAUUUUUUUUUUUUUUUUGCUCAGAUAUAGCUACAACGCACGGUUAAAGUGAUAAAUAACGACUUCGUUUGUAGUUUUACAUCCCCAGCCAACAGAGAGGGCAAGCCUAAGCACAAACAUGUCGCACACAAUUUUGCUUGUCCAGCCGACCAAGAGACCAGAGGGCCGCACAUACGCAGACUAUGAGUCUGUGAAUGAAUGCAUGGAAGGCGUUUGCAAAAUGUAUGAAGAGCAUCUGAAGAGGAUGAAUCCCAACAGUCCUUCUAUCACUUACGACAUCAGUCAGUUGUUUGACUUUAUCGACGACUUGGCAGAUCUCAGCUGUCUUGUGUACAGAUCUGACACGCAGACAUAUCAGCCGUACAACAAAGACUGGAUUAAGGAGAAGAUAUAUGUCCUGCUGCGGCGUCAGGCUCAGCAAGCGGCAAAGUAAAAGCAUCUCUGAAAGGUUGUCCUGCUACACACACUUGAAAGGAGUUUACGCUGCACUACAAUUACACAGCGUGUUACAGAUGUGUAUUGGGACAGCAUUGUCAAUUUGACAAGGAGUGUUUUCAUAUCAUACGGUGGGGGUGGGUGUUGCUGGGGUUGAAAAUUAGGUAAAACUAUACAUCUUAGGCUUUAUAUUGAGAUUUAGUCAUGCCUGGCAGCAUACGUAUUACGUUUUAUAAUUCGCCACGCUGUGAUGAGAAUGAAGCCAAUAAUGGAGUUGCAAAGACUAACCCAUUGAUCGAGAGAAAUUCCGUCCUUGGAGAAAUGCACCACAGGCUAGAAGAAAACUUUACGUUCGUUCUCUCCUUUCUGUUAUCCUAAAAGUUGUGUGACACCUUUAUUUGCAUAUAUAUAUAUUUACAUUUACCAGACGGUUGGAUUUGAAAAGACUGUGGAACUGAAUGCAGCUGAUUUUUUUUUUUUUUUUUUUUUCAAAAGUGAAAUCAAUGUUUGUAGACUGAUACUUAGUCAUUUCAGAAGAUAUAUUUUCAACAUUUCAUCCGUUAUUAUUAUUGUUGUAUAUGCUAGAAGUUUUAUUUCGAGUAACAUUUGAUUUCACCUCUUGUGUUUUAUUUGAUUUAAAUGAAAUAAACUAUUGUUUUCUGA